CUCUGAGAAGUACAAGAUGAAAUACUUCAAAUUAGAUUUACAGACGCAGGUGUUAUCCAGUUACUUAAGGCUCGCAGGACUUUUUUUCAGCAUUUUCAAUCGCAUCUAAAUCCCAAUUAUUUUUGUUUUAUUUGACUGUUAGAAGUUUUUUUUUAUUUAAACACUCCGUUUUAAAGUCAUAUUGAAGAAGACACGUGUGUCAGGAGACACGUUUUCAAAUCUACGUUGAAUCUGCUCGACACAACUUAAUCAUGUGUUGCCUUUAGUACUAGUUAUGCCACUUUGUUGAAUUUAAAAGGGCUCAUAUUUUUUACAUUUUCAUAAGUAUCGAAGGCGAGCACUAUGUCUGAUGUUGAUUUUGCUGCUGAGUGUUUGGUUGCCAUAUCAAACCGUGCGGUCACGCGAUGUCCUGAAAGGGUCUCGGCCGAGGAUGUUUCAAUGGAGAACCGCGAGGAAGGGACCUUACUCAUGGUUGCAAUGAUUUUGCUUGACUUGAAAACGUGCAGCCCGUCCACGUGUACUAACGGUAUUACAAAAUAUCUGUGUGAAGACGCUACAGGGGAACAGAAUCGUGAAAAUGGAAACAAUAUCAGAGGGAAGAUCCGCGAUUUUGAGAUGUUAAAGCCGAACCCGAUGACUCCGGGUCGGACUUCGGACAGAAAAUCUGAGGAAUUGUCAUUUAACCCCUCCGACAAAGUACAUCGUUGCCACUUCACCGGUUGUGAGAAAGUGUACGGCAAAUCAUCUCAUCUCAAAGCCCAUUUCAGAGUGCACACAGGAGAGAGGCCCUUCCAGUGCAGCUGGCCUGACUGCACCAAGAAGUUCUCCCGUUCCGACGAGCUGACACGGCACUACCGCACCCACACGGGGGAGAAGCGCUUCACCUGCCCGCUCUGCGACAAGUGCUUCACGAGGAGCGACCACCUGACGAAGCACGCCCGUCGCCAUGUCGACUUCCAUCCCAGCAUGAUCAAGAAGUCGUCUGGGUGGGGCAGAAAGCACUCCUCGUCACCCGUGUCCUCUAAGGUGAUGGGCCAGGACUCCGCCCCUGUUUGAGUUGAGUCUCCACCCUGCCGGAUCUGUUUCUGCAGUAGAGCACAAGGAUCAAUGAAUUUGACAACUGCAAAACUUCAGUGUUUUAGUCACGGUUAUUACAGGAAAGUCUGUCAUUUAGAGCCAUAGUCAAGUGUUACAUUGUCACUGGUUAUGUGUUACUACCGUGCUUCUUUCAGCUUGGAACACCGUUGCAUACAUACAGUAAUUAUGACAUUUUUAUAAUGCUUAGAUAUGCCAUAUUUUUCUGUCUUAUAUAAAUAAUAUGUACAGCAGCACACUAUGAUCAGAGAGACGACGUGCAGAUAAGUUCUGGGAUUUUGCACUUUAUUCUAAUCAUUCUGUGGUACAAACUCAUUGAGGAACUUUUUAUACCAUUUCUUGUCAUUUUUUCAGUUAUCAUUUGCAUUUUUUAUUGUCUUGAAAGGGUUAAGGCUGUAUCAUUGCCACUGUUGCAUAAUGAUUAAAACUUUUGAAUGUUGCCACAGUUUAUAAACAGUACUUCACUCAUUACUUGAUCUUUAUAUUGUACCUUUUAAAAAUAUGCUAAAUGUUUAAAGUACCACUGUGCCAGUCUUCGGUCGACUCUUUAUAUUUUUCUGUUGUAAUACAGAAGGACAUUAAAGUCUAAUCACAUCAUAAUGUAUUACUUAUAUAAAAUCAUCCAUGUCAGUCAUUUUCAUUUGACUCCAUACUGAUAGUGGACAAAGAAAUGGAAACACAGGCCCACAAGGUUCAUAGGACAUGUUGAUACUACAUUGUCAUCUUACAUGCUUUGACUUUUAAGGGAUGGCGUCAUUUUUGGAUGCAUAGAUUAUGGAUCAUAGAUCUGUGGCAUGUUCGCAUUUGGCUGGUGCUUCCCUGGUACAUGCUUGGGCAGUUAUACCAACAGCUGUCCAAAACAUAUUUUGACCCUUGAAAAAGGAGAAAAGACAAAAUUAUAGCCCAAAAAAUGUACCAUUAUGAUACCGGACACCAUAUAGAAACUAGUUUCGUCAAGCAUAACGGCAUUAUGUAUAUUGUGAUGGAUUAGUUCCAUGACACAAGACAUUUCCAUAUCUCUCCCAGUGAUCAAACUUCAGUCACAAUUGCGGGAGUCUGAAGCAGCAAAUAAAUGAAUAAAACUUUACUUCAAAAUGUUCAAAAUUGGGUGUUUUGAUGGAAUUACUUUUAUAAGAUUGAUGCACAAAUGAGUUACAUGACUUCCUUGGAACUUCUAAUGUUCUUGAAAGGCAUACAUAGUGAUUGGUAUUUGUUUUUUUCUUUUUGUGUAUUAUGAGCUUAAAGCAUGUUCUCUGACCAUUACAAUCAAAUGCAAAUGUAAUGCAAAUUUUAUUCUGGUGUUUGCUAUUUUUUGUAUGUUUUUAGCAUACAUGAAAUGUGUCUGGUUGAAUUGGGGAAAUUUAAAACAUUUUAACCGUUAAAAAUACAUGCAGUGAUAAUAUGGACUACUACUGCCUUGAGUGGGAUUAAAAUUUUUGAUAGCUA